AUGCCUCCUAGAAUGAAAAGGCUUACCCCUGACACUAUGUCACAGCAGCUAGCUAUGCCUAGCGACAAUUCCCUUACAGACAACGCUAUUGGGGCCUCCCCUGAUAGGCUAGCCAAACCCGGGCCUCCUGUGACUCAAGAAGCCAAAGAGGCCAAUCAGGACGACUGGAAACAAGCUGCAAGAGUGAAAGACCCCGAGAUCGAAGAAGCGCUCAAGCACAUCGAAAAUGCAGAGAAUAUGCAACGAAUCAUCGACGACCUCCUCAUCCAGUACGACCUGUACGAAUUGCACGAACCAUGCACACCACCCAACCCAGAGGUCUGGGGCAACGGAAUCGCAUGGGCGGAUAAGACCCGUCAGUGUUGGCUUGAAUUCAUCGGCUCGAUCAUAGAGGCCCAGAACAUAAUCGAAGAUCAGGAUCCCGAGGCUCGCGUGCGGCUUAGGGAACUUCUCAAGGAGUGUGUUGAAUACGCUUGUUCGCAAGAGGGGAUGCUCGAUGAUCUUUUGUUCUUUGAGUUUGCACCAGGUCCAUACUUUGUUCAGGAUGAGGGUGAUAUUCCGCCCGAACAGACGCCGGAUUUUGAUCGUACACGGUAUUGA